AUGACCCAGCAGGCCGUUGUCAACGUCCUCAUCAUCGUGGGCAAGGACGACAUACCCAUCUACGAGGCAGACCUCAGCACCGAGGGAAUCCGCGAGGACAGUCCGCACUUGGACCAGUUUGUGGUGCAUGCAGCUUUAGAUUUGGUGGAUGAGAUGGUUUGGAGUACGUCUUCCAUGUUUCUCCGUGUGGUGGACAAGUUUAACGACUUCCACGUCUCAGCCUACUGCACCGCAGGGCAUGUGCGCAUGAUGUUGCUUCACAAGCACAGAAACGAGGAGGCGAUUCGGGCCUUCUUUGCGGAGGUCCACGAUCUCUACAUCAAAGCGAUGUUGAGCCCGUUUCAGACCCCCUCCACUCCGAUCGAGUCUCCAACGUUCGAUGCCAAGGUGCGUGCCGCUGGCCAGAGGCACUUUCGGGCAUGA